GUUGCACUCCAUGAACUGGCCCAUGUGAUGGUCGUACCCUGUUCUUUGUACAUACUUUUACGAAUAUGUUCCUGUGGUAACGUCGUUUAUAUUAUAUGGUCUUCAAAGCAACUUUAGGACCUUGGCACGACGAAAGAGUGAUCAAUAUUGGGUGCUAAUCACAUUAUCUGGUUCGUCACAACAUUGCCGUCUAACCCGAGUAGGCCAUCAAUCAUUUGACACAUGUCACCUGUGUUUAUGAUCUACAAACAGCGGCCCUAUUAAGGGGAAUUAGACGAAAAUAACAUCUCACAAGAUAGACCCAAACGUUGCAUUAAAUAUGAAUAACAGUCUUUUCACCCACCAUAAUUAACAUAUUUGUGAUAUGCGAGUGACCCUUCCGAAAGACAUAUUAUUUAUUUAUUGGAGACAUCCUCACAGACCACGUCAGAUCGUAGUUACUAUAAUUCUCACAGUCGCAGUGACAAAGUCGAAAAAUCGAUGGUUUUUUCGGCCAGUAAAAUCGUCGAGUGUUCUCAAUCUAACGCUAUCAACUUCUUGUCUGAUCACCAGACUACACCGGUUUCACACUCGUGUUAUUUUUUAUCAUUGUUGAAUGCUUUCGUUAUAAAAUGUGAGAACUUAUUGAGUCGUUGAUUAACUCUUUUUCUUGUUCUUUUUCUCUCCGGAUGGUAUCACAGCCCUUAACACUCGUACAGCUAAUAAGGUUCCUUGAAGCUUGCUGCAAACUGAACAAACAUUGAACAUCAUUGGAUUAUCUUCAGCACUUAAGCACUGUUGAGUGAACUUUACAAGUACAGUAUUCUUAAAGAAAACAACACUUUAUCUACAAGAGAAAGACAGAGGUAUUUCUACCAGCAGACAUAACUUUGAAGUUUGGGAUAUCGGUUUGAACAACAUUUUGUUGACUACAUUUGUUUGGUGAAAAUUGAAAAGCGAAAAUCCUUGAGCUUGAGGAAUAAAGAUACAACUAUGUGCGCUACUUCGUCCUUUUUGCGUAAGAUAUCAUCAUCUCACAAAUAGCUCCUGAGAAAAUGUAUAGGAGUUAUUAGCAAAUUCGAGUAUGAACUAUUCACAGUUAAAAACCAAAAUCGCUAUCGAGAACCUGUAACACCUAUUAUUGUCUCAUCAAAAUUGGUGAUAUGCAUGAACUCAGGAAGAUCAACGAGCUAAAGUUUUAUCUGUCGAAGGAUGAUGGUAACGCAUUUGAUUUUUGCGAACUUAUAAAGUUCUUACUCGAAUGCAAACCUUCUACAGAAAAGUUAUCUCUUGGGAGGUUUAUAAUCGAUUACUUUGUCAGGCGUUUGCACAACAUAGGUUUGACAGAACUAACUUCUCUGGUUAUUAAUGAUAUUUAUAUGUUAUUCACUUUAGCGGGAUUUGAGGAUACCAAAACAGAAGGUCUGGUUGCUGAGCAGCUUCAAAUAGUUUGCUUGUUCGGUGUGAUUGAAUACAUCAUGUCAAACAAGUUGACUUAUGAUCCUUCAUUCAUCUGCUCCUCAAUCGGUCAUUUCAUCAUUGACCGGCUUAAAAGAUAUUCCGUCACUGUUUUAUUGCAAAGCAUCUCUCUAGCUAAGGUGUGGUGUUCAUUUAUAUUUCUGAAUGUUCUAAGCAAGGGUCUCGAUGAUUGUUUGACUAAAUGCGCAAAGGCAAUUUGUAGAUCCGUUUAUCUACACGCUGGAUCAUCUAAUGGGAAUGUGGAAAAGUCAGUUCAGGAGUUUUUUCUACAUAUUCUUGGCAUAAUCUUGACAUUGAACAAGAAAGAUUCCGAAUUUUUACCGGUUUUUAAAGCAUUUGUAAACGAUAUUAUCCCAUGUUAUUCUGUCAACGUAACAAGGCACUACAAGUUACCUAAAAAUUCAAUUCAUUGCUUACUUUCCGUUGUAAAGUGCUUAGGACUUGUUGAGGUUUUUAAUUACGAUUCAUUUCUUAUGUGGAGUCUUUUAUUGGGUAUUGAAUACAAUUGCACAUCUAAUGUGGCUUGUGAUAUUAUAAAGUCUAUUUUCGAACAAAGUGUAACCAUCAAGCGAAAUUCCCCACAAGUAUAUGAUUUUAACCUACUUAAACCUGUGAUUCAAUGGAUGUUAACUGGAACGGUAGAUUGUCCCAUGUCAAAGAUAUCAUGUAGUUGUAAUUUUCUCUUUACUACGAAAUCGUUUCAGAAUACAAGCUGGGAUAACUUUAUUCAUAGUUGUUUAAAUAGUCAGUUCACAUUAUUACCUAGUUCAGAUGCAUUGGAAAGUAUUUUGGUUGUAUCGGAUUCGGAAGCUUUACAGUUAUCUAAGAAUGAUCUUCUAAUUGAUCAACUGCUUGAACAUCUUUCUUUGACUUUUCUCAACUCAAAAGAUGAUCAAUAUUCUGAUAUAAAUGAACGGAAAUUGCUUGUUUGGUUACGAUUAUAUAUUCUGAAAGAUUAUUCCGACCUACCAUUGUCAGUGAAACAGCUGGUACCUACUAUUUUAACACACAGUGCUUCACAUCAUAAUGAUUGUGUACGUAUAUUAGCAUUGAAUGGAAUUCAUAAGUUUUUAUGCAAAUAUUUACAUUUGAAAAGUAAAGCAAAUCAUAAUAAUAAUAACAAUAAUAAUAAUGGUGAAGAAUCGACGAAUUUUAUACUGUCCAACAUUUCUACUACUCAAAUUUUUAUGGAUAUAUUUUUAACUUGUUGUAAUACAUUUAACAAUUGUUCAAAUCCAUCAUAUCGUAAUCAAUUUCAAAAACUUUUCUCCAGUUUAACAGAAUGUAUACGAAUGAUAUGUAAAUCUAUUCGUUUCAAUAAUAGCAUAGAAAUAUCGAAUAAUGCUAAUCUUAUCAAUAGUAGUAAUCAACGUAUUAUUUGUUUAUCAGAUACUGAGAUGCGUUUGCAAGUGUUUGAUAAUUUGUUUGAUUUGAACAGGAUAAAAGAUGAGAGUGUUUUAAGUAUGCAGGAAAAUGAUGUAUUAUGUUUAGUUAAACUAAUAAGUUUUAUCAGUUCAAUGUGUCGCAUCACUACUAUUCAUACUCGAACAGGUAGCAAAAAUACUACUGACAUAAAACUAACUACAAGUAUACACACUUACUUUUGGCCAGGGAUGAGUUAUCAACGCGCGAAACUUUUGGUAGAUAUUGUUGAAACUGCAUUAGGUGUUCUCAAUUUAACACCGAAUGGUCCAUGGAAUAAAAAAUCCAGUAAAUGGAGAUCAGAAUUUGGUAAAGACUCAUUAUGCAAUAUAAGGACAUUAAUCGAUAACAUUUCUGUACGAUUUAAUUGGGACUACAAAUCGACUAAUUUAUUACGUUAUUUAUUGAAUGGACUUCUUUAUGUAAGCUCAGAUCUACAGUCACAAAUUCUAUCGAUUAUUUAUGAUCAUUGGAUUGAAAAUAAAGGUGCAUUGAAGGAAGAGAUUUAUCCCACUAUGGUUGAUUUAGCCUGUGCAUGGUGCGAUACUCCAUGGUGUUCAGUUUAUACAUCUGGAGCGAAUAUUUUAACAUUCUGUUCCAUCAAUGAAUUAUGGGAUUCUGUCUACUUUGGUGCAGACAUGCGUACGUGGUUUUUAAAUAAAUUAAAAAGAUUUUCUGAAUUAACGUGGAUAACCAAUAACAGUCUUAGUAAUGUUGAUUUAGCCAUGUUUAGUAGUAAAUUACUUCAUGUUGUUCAGUUUCAAUCCUGUCUAGGAUUCCUCUUGACUAUUGAUCAAAUUUUAACUAACUGUCUAAGUAAACUGAUGAAAAAUUCAAAGAAUAUUAAAUGGAAUCAAUUCAUUGAUCCAAUGCUUUAUGAAUUCAUUUGUUGUAAAGAAUUACCUAGUUUAUGUUUGGAACUAUGCAAUCUAUGCCUUUUUUCAAUGGGUUGUCAAAUUUGUCAAUUUAAUCAAGAAGACAAUAGUUUUGUAAUGGAUUUUUCAAAAGGUGCCUGUUCAUUUCGAGAAUUGGGUAAAGCGAUUUUGAAGACUGUUAUGUUGGCCAGACGAAUUCAAUCAUUAUCAAUUGGUAAUGAAACAGUCGGUCAAUCAACACAGUGUCAUCUCAAACAAACCUCACAUACACAUACUUCAAAUAAUUCAACAAUUGUAAAUAAUGUAGAUAGUUCUGAUAUGGAUUCAUUAAAUUCUAUUGAAUUAUUACCGGAAUAUCAACAUAUUCUCUCUUGGUCAUGGAAUACCUUGAAAUUCUGUUCCAGCAUUAUUGCCAAUUGGUUUGCUAUUCAGUGUAAAUUAGCUGAUGAGAAUGUAAUGGCGGAUGUAGAACGAAAAUUGCUUGCCUCCAAAAUUGGCUAUCAAUUAUUGCAUCAAUUGUUACAAUGUCGUCAUAAGGGAACCAUAGAAGCACUAUAUUUCAAUCUUCUCCUUUAUUUACAAACUGUUGAAAAAUAUCAACUUUCAUUUUGUUCUUCAUUGAAAACAUGUAAAGAGGAUGCUUUAAAGUCAUCAGUUUUCAAAAUGGAUUGCAAAAAUCCGACUACUGAUAUCAAAUAUUUAUCGACAUGUGAUGGAUCUAUUUCUGCUGAUCAUAUGUUGCAAAUAUGUUGGAAAGUUCUUUGUAACAGUGCUUACUCUGUUACUAGACGUGGUGCUGGGCUUAUACCAGUUAUACGUGCUUGUCUUCUGGCUAAAUCUUGUAACGGACUUGAAAGUCCUCCAUGUUCACUUGUUUGUUGUUUAAGAAGUUUAUUUGAAAUUACACAAUCAGAUGAUAAUGAUGUUUAUAAUAAUGUGAAUAAUAAUACUACUCAUAUUAUAUCCGAUUCAACAACACUUCAUGAUUCACCACGAGUAUUCGCUUUACAUUUACUACACGGACUAUUUACCGAUGCUCGAUUACGUGUACAUGAACAUUCUGUUCCGAUAGAAAAUAAUAAUAGUCUAUCACAUGUUAAAAAUUGGACAAUUGAAGCUCUUCAAUUAGCUGUUAUUCCUGGUUUUAAUUCGAAAAAAUGGAAUGUUUGGAAUGGUGCUCUUCAACUUCAUAGUGCAUUGAUCUAUCGUCUCACUGGUGUAAGUCUCGACUUAGAAUUUCCAUUAAUUUCGGAUAUCUGCUUUCAAUAUCCUCAAAUGUUGGAUAUUAUAUUUAACUGUCUGAAUAGUAAUUAUCAAAAUUUAUCGUCAACGCAAAGUUUAAUUCCAAUACUUACUUUAAUUGUUAGAUUUUCUCCAUCGUUUGAUCAUUCGUUGAUAGUGUCAUCAAAAAUUGAUGAAAUCCUCAAUCGACUAGAAUAUAUUCUUUUCAAUCAUUGUAGUAUGCAUAUUCGUAAACUUGCUUCAAAAGCUUAUCAUGUAUUUCUAUGCCCACCGAUUGAUCUUUACUAUCAAUUUGAAUCAAUUAUAUGUUCACAAGAUAAACAAUCUUCACUUUGUAACAUAUCAAGCAUUGGACCAUUAAACUUAAUUUAUCAUUCAUGUUCACUACAUAACUCUAAUAAGAAAAUUUUAUAUAAUUCUAUAACAAAUGCAGUACAUGGUCAUUUAUGCUUAUUACAAUCAUGGUAUGAAAGUAAAACUUGUGAAAUUAUUCAACAUUGGAGAGAAUCAUUAUUCAACAUAAAAUCGGCAUUGAAUUAUCUUCUUCACUGGAUAUCUAUUUCUGCUUGGUAUCUUGCUUAUGAAUUAUGUAUUCUGAUGAAUUCUGUUUAUACAAGUCAUGCAACGAUUCACUGCGAAGAGGAUUAUCGAACGGAACUGUGGACAGCAUUACUCACUUUAAGGAAACCAAUAUUUUCUUUGUCUAAUGAGCCAUUUCAUAUUGAAUUUUUAAUUGAAUUUCAUCAUAUUUGUAUAAAAUUAUUCAAUAAAAAUUUAUUCAACUAUAUGACCAUUCAUUAUGCCGAAACUGAACCAAUUCUACUUUUACGUUUCCUUAAUCUAUUGAAAACAAAUUCCAAUUUAUCUGAUGAGCUUACUUUGAAAUUAAUUGACUAUUGGAUAAAUUGGCGAUCGUUAACAUGUACUGUUGAUCAUCAUCCUGGCCAUCAGUGUGUGAAUAAUCACUUGGAAUAUAUCUAUCCACAUGUUAUGUGGUGUUUUCUAGAAUUUUUCAAUCGGUCAUCUAAUACUACUUGUUUUAUGCAAAAAAUUCAAAAAGAAUUCAAUGUCGAAAUUUUAUUAUCACGAGUAUCGAAUCUAUGCCUAACAAAUGAGAAUAUUUCUGGCAUUCAAUUUUGUAUUCAUCGUUCAAGAUUAUUAUAUUUUAUGACAUGUUUACUCAAUUGUCUAUCACCAUCAGCAUCAGUGAAUUAUUCAUUUUAUAUGGAUCAAUGGCUUACUUUACUAAGUGAUUGCUUACAAUAUCAGCAUUCAACUGAAUCGCGAAUUUUAGCUUCAAAAUCUUUACAAUUAUGGACGUUGGAAUUUCAUCCUGACAAUGCUACAAAAUCACCGUCAAUAUCGAAUCAGAUUGAUUUAAUGAAAUCAGUUUUAAAUAUAUCACAACGUAAAAGAUUGUUGGAUUGUAUAUUUCAUGGUUUAUUUGAUGAAUCACCUGAAGUUCGUUCAAUUCUGAGUACUGUUAUCAAUUUUUGGUUAAAAUCAUCCAUAAAUCAAACAAAUUCUUUACAUUGUAUUCAUGCAAAUACUCAUUUAAUCACUUUACAUAAACUAUUGAAACGAAUUGUUCCAUUGUUAUUAUUAAAUGAAAAUAAUAAUAAUAAAGACAAGAAUAUUAAUAGUAAUAAUACUCAUAAUAAAAUAUAUUCAAGUGAUAAUCUGACAUUCAAUGAAUCUACACAUUGGUUAUGCAAUAAUUGGUUAACUAUUAUGAAAUCAAUGAAUUGUUUAAUGAUUAAUGAAUAUGAAUCAAGUCAACGAAAUAUGUUGUAUGAUAGAGAAGCGUAUAAUACAUUCUGCGAACCACGUUUACAAAUUGACCUAUUAUUUACAUAUCUUCAUAUGGAAAGAAAUAUGUCUAAAGAGAAUCUCCUACGUGUCACAUCAUCAUUGAUUGACCAAGCAGAUGAUCAUUUACUGUCUGUAUGCAAUGUAAAAGGUUUACAGAUUGAAAAAAUUUUAGCUAUUGAAAAUUGGUGUGGUCCAGUGAUUCCAUUUGCAGUGUUUACAAGAGAUUACAGUCGUCAAUUGAUAAAUUCAUUGAAAGAAUGAAAAAUAAAAAUUAAUACGUUUUAAUAUUAAGAAUAGGUACUUCAUAAUUGUACAAAAUGUGGACUAAUAAAAGAUUUGUUGAAAUUUAUUAUUAUUGUAUUUGUUGGUUGUACACCUUUUGAUAUGUGCUAAUUGAAACCAUAUAGCGUUUAUGUCAUUUGGUUUUCAAAUCAUUAUAUACAGAGUGUUCAAUGAAAAUAGGCUAACACCAAAGCAAUCAAAUAAUUAUUAUGUGACAAAAACUUGACAUAACUUAAAAAGAUACAAAUCAGGACACGAAUUGAGUAGCGUUAAGAUUAUUGAUUGGUUUCUUUAUUAAGUAAAACUACCAAGAGAGCAGAAUGUGUUAUUUCAUUCAUUCUCAUGAAUGUUGUAAAUGAUUUGUUCGAAACUAUGAAUAGUAACUGCUUUACUUUACAUGUAGCCUUAAGAAAAACAUAUCAAAACAUUUGAUGAUAGAACCGUCUUCCUUCUAUGCACAAUGUGGAAGUCUCUGGAAUAGCAUUCAUAACAUAUGUCAAAACCGUCACUAAAAGAUGAUUACAUCCAUUAGAUUAUCGCCAAAAAGUUCAAAUUCACAUUGCCAGACCUUUAUAUUACUAAUAUGAUGUCAGAAAUGCUUCGGAGACGCUGUACACUAGAAUUUUUUUUACCGCAAUGCCUUGUUUUGUAUUUCAUAAUUAUAAUUAAAUGAUCUGUUCAAAACGUUUGUACGCAAUGAAAACAAUAAUUAUUGAAGAGUAUAUCUUCUUCAUUAUACUCUACACAUUAUUUAAGAUGAAGGUUAAACAUUAUUCCGAUUAACAGAGUAACUUCCAUCUACAAUCAAAUAUUGUCGUUAUUUAGAAGAAUCAAUUAUGGAAGACAAUGUUAUUCAUUUUCAUUAUUAUAAUUGAUAUUUUUCAAUUAAAGAAAGAUUUAUUGAUCACAGAUCAUCGUUUAGUUAGGUAGGCCACAUUGGAAAAAUUAUCUGAACCUAUUAUGCAUGUUAGUUACCAAUGUCGUAUAUACUGAACAGGUUUCGACUUUAAGG